GGUCGUGCGAGCUCAAACGGGGCCCCGCACCCGAUCAAAGAGCGGAAGCGCCCAAUGAGCAGCGCCGGAAGUGAGAGCGGAAACAACACUAAAGCCCGCACGCCCCCUUUAGCUCUCCCACAUGCGUGUUCUGUUUCACGCCUUUCACACGUCCAACUUCCAUCAGACUCCUCAUUCUGCAGCGCGCCCGGACACCCACGGUCGUCUCCCAUUUUUGCCACGUUCCUCUCUGUCAGACGUCACUUCUCCGCUGCGCUCGCUGCAAGCUGAGGUCAACGAGAGAGCGAAAAAGACUACAGGACGAAUAGAUAGCUGGUCGGGAGCGAAGCGUCGGACGCUUUUCUUCGAGUAUCCAAGGCUUCCUCCGGUGUGAAACUCGGGCGAUUUAUUUCUUUCGUCCCUUUAUCAUCCUAUCAGGGAGAACAAGACGUUCUAGCAGCGGCGGCAUAUCUUCGCCCCUUUUCAGAAGAGAGACCACACCAUCUCGACAGCGUAUACACGGGGACAAUGGCGGCGUCUCUGCUCAACCCUGCGGUGCUUCAGGACCUGGCGCUGAGCUGGCUUCGCGAGGACCAGCCCAGCCUCGACGUGGGCCUGUACGUGGUGGGCGAUGCCGACUGCACCGCCUACCUGUGGUGCAAGAGCCCCGGCGUGCUGGCCGGCGUGCCGUUCGCCAACGCCGUCCUCUCGCAGCUGGACUGCGACGUCAAGUGGCUCCGCAACGAAGGCGAGUGGCUGCACCCCGUCGCCAAGGUGGCCGAGGUGACCGGCCAGGCGCGGCGUGUGCUGCUCGCCGAGCGCGUGGUGCUCAACUGCCUGGCGCGCGCCAGCGGAGUGGCGUCGGCUGCGCGGCGAAUGCGCGAAGUGCUCAACGGCAUGCACUGGGACGGCGUUCUUGCUGGCACGCGCAAGACCACGCCCGGGUUCCGCCUGGUCGAGAAGUACGCCCUGCUGGUCGGUGGAGCCGACACGCACCGCUACGACGUCGGGUCCAUGAUCAUGCUCAAGGACAACCACCUCACCUCCGUCGGGUCCAUCGAGAAGGCUGUCCGCAUCGCCAAGAAGAUGGGCGGCUUCACCCGUAAGGUCGAGGUCGAGUGCCGCUCCGUCGAGGAAGCCCAGCAAGCCGCCAGGGCGGGAGGUGACAUCAUCAUGCUCGACAACUUUGAGGCGAAGGACUUGUCACAGGCGGCGCAGAAGCUGAAGACCGAGUUUCCGGGCGUGCUGAUCGAGGCCUCGGGAGGCAUCACCCCCGAGAAUGUGACCCAGUACGCUGUGCCGGGCAUCGACAUCAUCUCCUCGAGCUUGCUCAUCCAAGGUUACCCCACGGUCGACUUCUCGCUCAAACUGCAGCCGCCGAAGAAGCCCGAGUGCUAACAAGUCGCUGGCGCGGAUUGAGAAAGACGAUCGCGUAAUAUCCUCGCCUGCGCGUGUUCACCGCCUCUUGGAACACCAGUGCUGCGCAAAACAACACGAGAACACGCGACGACCACGUGAGCGCACACGUAGACGGCGCUGUGUUCGUGUGUUAUUCUUGCGUCCCCGUAUUGCUUGCGGUAAACUAGUAUUCCAAGAUGUAGUACUAACAUGCCGGCACUGCGACGCUGGCGGUCACCUUUCUUCGUCCGUAAAAUGCUAGUGCAUAAUGACGAGCUUCUCGCUAUGGAUUUUCGCGAACGACUGUGCCAUAGAGUCUGUAAACGAGAGAUUUCAAUUUUAUUUUUAUCAAAUAAAACUUUAGUAUAUUUGCA